UAUUAUAAUCCACAAUCAAUAGUUAGUUAAUUCUAUAGAAAAUCAAGAUAAUUAUUCUAGAGACCUGCAUAACACAAAUGAGUUUAUCUUAAGCGCUCAUUUUUACAAAAUACAGCAAAAGUACGCGGUGACGGACAUAUGAAACCAUCCCCAUUUGUACCAACAAUACAACCAUGGAAAAACGUUCGUCAUACAAAUGCAAGAACAAUUCCCAACUGCUACAGAUGUGACGAAUUUUGAACGUCAUUUGGAGCGGAAACACAAAGACAAUCAGGAAGAGAAAUGAUGAGUUACCCAAAAAAAAGCUUGAAGAGAAAAACUAUUAUUCGACUAUUAAGAAUCGCAGGACACGUCAAUGAAUAUUUGAAAGGAAAUGUCAAGCCUGUGUAUCAAAAGAAAAGUGAGCCAGAUACUAAUAACGAAAUCAAACCCAAGAAUCAAACUGGUAGAUCAACGUGGACAGCCGAAGAAAUUGAAAUAGUUAAAAAUCAUUUCAAAAAUCAUAUUAGACAAAAACAGCCUCCUAAAAAAGCUGAGUGCGAGGAGCUUAUAAAUAAAUAUCCGAAUUUACUAAAAAGUAAAGGCUGGGUUCGAAUAAAAACCUAUGUGUACAAUGCCUAUCGGCUAAAAAAUAAACACAUUCAGGUUAAAUUUUGAA